UUAUUUACUCCUCAAGAAUCGUUCAUCUCUGCUGACCUCCCUCGUCGUCCUCCACUCCGCUCUCCAACGCCACGGACGCGUCCCAAUUAAACCCUACUCUCUCUCUCUCGUUAUUUCCGCCUGCCUCCCGCAGAAAAAAUCAGACAGAAUAAGCGGAGGGGAAGGGAGAGGAAGAAGGAAACAAAAGACGAAUUCUCUGGGGGUGAAUAUGGAGGUGGCGGCCGAGUGCGCCGGCGGCGCGAGGGUCAAGAAGGAGGCGGACCUCUUCCUCGUCGACGACCUCCUGGACCUGCCGUGCGACGAGGAGGAGGAGGUGCAGGAGGCGGUGGUGGAAGAGGGGGAGGGGGAGGGUGGUAAGGCGGGGGUUUGUGGCUCCGGCGCCGGCGGUGAGGAGGGUGCCGCGGGGAACGCGUCCAACGACUCGUCGACUGUGACGGUACUGGAUAGCUGCAGCAACUCCCUCUCCGGUCUCGCCGACGGGGACUUCUCCGGCGGGCUUGUCGAGCCGUACGACCAAUUGGCGGAGCUGGAAUGGCUGUCCAACUACAUGGGCGAGGACAACUUCCCCACGGAGGACCUCAAGAAACUGCAGCUCAUCACCGGCAUCCCGCCGGCCUCCUCCUCCGCCGCCGCCACGGCGUCCGUUCCCGCUCCCGCGGCCGCCGCGGCGCCGCCCGCCGGCGGCGUGCUGCCACCGGAGGCGCCCGUGCCAGGCAAGGCGCGCAGCAAGCGCUCCCGCAUCGCGCCAUGCAGCUGGGCCUCCCGCCUGCUCGUGCUCCCGCCCCCUCCCGCGUCGCCGCCGUCCCCGGCGUCCGCGGCCAUCUCGCCGUCCGAGUCCGGCACCGCGGCGCCGGCGUUCCCGGCCAAGAAACCGUCGAAGCCCGCCAAGAAGAAGGAACCGCUGACAACCCCGGCGCCGAACGCCGCCGCCGCCGCCGCGGCGGCUGCGUCGGCCGGGGAGGGGAGGAGGUGCCUGCACUGCGAGACCGACAAGACGCCGCAGUGGAGGACGGGGCCCCUGGGCCCCAAGACGCUGUGCAACGCGUGCGGCGUCCGGUACAAGUCCGGGCGCCUCGUGCCGGAGUACCGCCCGGCGGCGAGCCCGACCUUCGUGGUGUCGAAGCACUCCAACUCCCACCGCAAGGUGCUCGAGCUGCGCCGCCAGAAGGAGGCGCACCUGCACCCGCACCACCAGUACCAGCCGCAGCCGCAGGCGAUGGGGCACGUGGGCGCCGGGGCCGCCGGCGGCCUAAUGCACGCGCCCAGCCCGCUGCUGUUCGACGGGCCAACGGGGCCACUCAUCGGCGACGACUUCUUGAUCCACAACCGCAUAGGGCCGGACUUCCGUCAGCUCAUCUAGGACGUCGUCGCCUUUGCUUUGCGCUAGAGUUGAUCCAAUAGCCCAGGAAUAAUGCAGCAAAACCAGAAACUGAUCUUUUCUAGGAGGUUUUUCUCCAGGUUUUAAUUAUCUGCCAGUCCUUUUUGGAACCCUUAAUUUUGUUUCUCUCUCCAUUUCUCAGCUUUUUUUGAGCUUUUUUAGACUCUUCUCGGAUUUUGAGUUCCUGACCCCUUAGAAAAUAAUUCUAGGGAGUUGAUUUCUUAGCCUCCUUUUUUCCCCCCCUUUCUCUCUCUUUCGUAGCAUCUUUUGAUUUGUAUAAUGCAGAGCUCCUAGAGGAAGAGUAAACAAGCAGUUUUAAGUUCAAACUCCAAAGCUAUAGUUUAUGUGAA